CUGCUUUAAAUAUAAUAAAUAAAAAUUUAUAAAAAUUGAAUUAACAUAUAUAACAGCCUCUGUAUAUAUCUACAAAGAGAUAUACAUUGUAUAUACACACAACAACGAUCUGCCUCGGUUGGCCUCACAAAUCGCUCAAUAGCAACGCCGCGUUUUCUUAGCCAGCGGAGAGAAGGUUGCAGGAAAGCCCACGGAUCGAGCUUGCUUGGCUGCAAGAAUCUAAAUUUUUGCUCUUUAUUAAGCCGUGAAGGCCUCUGCAUUUCGUCUGCCGCCAAAAUGGUGUAUCAACUACUGAGAGAGCAACCAUUAAUCUCCAGGCCUCAAUAUUCUAUCUGUUUCCAAAAGCAUAAGCUGGGUAGAGGACACCGUGACAAAGUCCAGCAAUUCAUGGCGAUUACCGGAUCAAGUGAAAAAGUUGCUAUUCAGGCAUUAAAAGCAAGUGAUUGGAUCCCUGAAGGGGCUAUUGAUCUGUUCUAUAACCAGCAAAUAAGAUCCUUGCCAGAUACACGUCAUCUUGAAGAGCUUUAUCAGGGAUACAAGGAUCAAUACACAGAUAUGAUUAUGGCAGAUGGUAUCACUUCGCUUUGCACUGAUCUACAGGUGGAUCCAGAUGAUAUAGUGAUGUUGGUCCUUUCUUGGCACAUGAAAGCAGCAACAAUGUGUGAAUUUUCAAAGCAGGAGUUUUUUGUAGGUCUGCAAACGUUGGGGGUAGAUUCAAUUGAUAAGUUGAGGGAAAGAAUCCCAUACCUACGUACUGAACUGAAGGAUGAGCAGAAGUUUCGUGAGAUCUACAACUUUGCUUUUAAUUGGGCAAAAGAAAAGGGUCAAAAGUCUUUGGCAUUAGAUACAGCUAUAGGCAUGUGGCAAUUAUUGUUUGCAGAAAAGCAAUGGCCGUUGGUUGAUCAGUGGUGCCAAUUCUUGCAGGCCCGGCAUAACAAAGCGAUUUCAAAGGACACCUGGUCGCAGCUUUUGGAAUUUGCAAAGAUGGUAGACCCUUCAUUGUCCAAUUAUGAUGCAGAGGGUGCAUGGCCGUAUCUAAUUGAUGAGUUUGUUGAGUACUUGACUGAAAAUGGCCUCAUUCAUAGAAGCAGUUGACACAUUUAGUGUUUCAUUAAGGUGAGGGUGCCCUGUAUACUAGUGCAUUAAAUAGUUACAUGUGCACUUAAAGUUUUCCACUUGGAAAUCUCAUUUGUGUACAUAUUUGUUGCUUCUGUUCUUCCAGAGUAUCAGAAAAUUGAAAUCAAUGAUUCAUUGAAUUAGUUAAUUUUUCAUGUCAAUUGGUAUGUAUUUCUAUUUGGUUUUGAUGACUAUCUCUGGUAUUCAACUUGAGCAUCUUAAUUUAACUGAAAUUGUCACAACAUGCUUAAUCUUUCACUGAACUAAAUUACUGGCAGGACCAAUAUUUAUUCCACUGUUCCUUUCAUCCUUUGGAUUGCUAAAGAUGAGGUGGUUGUUGGUUUUCAGGAGAGAACUAAUUGUGGGACUUCUAUUAUGUGUUUAUUUGGUGGUAGUAAACUAAAAUUUUGUAAGAUGAAAUCAUCCUGGAAUAUGAUACCUUUGUCCUUUAUCAUAUAUUGCAGUUUAUGUUGAAUA